AUGAGGAAAUGGCAGUCUCAGAUAGCUUCUAUUACUGAGGAACAAAAAAAAACUAAGCCAGAGGAAUUGGGGCUUCUGGAAGAAAUACAGUUUUGGCAUGAAUGGUCAAUAGCACUGCGCGUUCUGGAUGAGCAGUUGAAUGGAUUUGCAGUGAAGAAAAUCAUUGAUGUUUUGAUGCUGGUUGACCCUGCUACAGUUCAGAAGUUUAAUUUAAGUUGGGAUAUGCUUAAAAAAUAUCAAAUGAAUGCUGCAGAUAAUUUCAAAUUUUUAGUAAUUCUGAAGCACCCUUUUAAGAAUAUUGAUUCUGGAUCUGGAUUCUUUGGCAUUCAUGAUAUCAUUCCACAAAUAAUGAACAGGUUAAAAAUUAUCUGGAUAAUUUCAAACCACUAUAAUGAUCAUGAACGAAUGAUGUCUAUCAUGAUGCGGAUUGAAGGAAAACUGUUAAACAGCGUUGCCAGAGUGACCGAUAUUCAUGCAUUAUUCAAGCAAAACAGAAAAACUGCAAUGACCAUACUUCUACAGGGCAAACGCAUUUUAGAUGGAUGGAAAGCCUCUUAUUUAAAAGUGUGUGGGGAAAUUGAAAAUGCUCAUAGAUACUCGCUAUGGACAUUUGACAGGCAACAACUGUUUGAACGGACAGAUUACAUGGCAUUAAUUUGCCUGGAUCUGCACAAUAUACUACAGACCCAUGAACAACUUUAUAGCACAUUUAAUGCAAGCUUAAGGAAAUUGAUUGGAAAACCAAAGAGACUAAAUGAAUUGUCACUCUGGAUUGAGAGACUCAUCAAGCCCAUUGAAGAAUUAAACUUUGAUCCAUUUAAGCUUCAAGAAAAGAAUUCAUGGGAAAAAGUUAUGGAGAAGUUUGAAAAUGAAGUUAAGGCAUGUACAAUUUUACUGAUCAGCUGGAUUCCAACAUUUUUGGAAUUGCAUUUUAGCUGUAGCCUUAAACCUGAAUUGGAUUAA